AUGAAAAGACCCGAGAAAGAGGACUUGUUGGUGAAUUUGGUAGUGAAGUCGUUGAAGAUGGAACAGUUGUAUUGAUAAAAGCACUAUUGGCUGUGGUUAUACAAAUAGAUGCUAUGAUGAAAGUGAAACAUGAUGAAUAUAUACCUAUGAGCAGCAAUAAAACAGCCCUGAACUAUGAUAAUAAGGUUAAUUCUCCUAAAAAUGUUA